CGCCAUCUCCUCGACUGGACGGUAACGCGACUCCUCUUUGUCCUGCUCAAAACUGCAGAUUAAACUACCUCAACUUGGCGACUAGUGUUACAUUUCUUCUUCAUCUAAGAACGAAGAACAAGUCUCGCAGAUAUUCAUACUAAGGCGAGGAUCUGUCUCGACGGAAGUUCACGUCACCCUCGGCUGCAGAUAUGCCUCUCCACAGCAUAUGGCCCUUUGCCUGGAGGUGUGGUCGAGACUGAGGGAAAGCCUUCACCAUGGGCAAUGAGGACAUCUUCGAUGAGGUGUUUGUCGCUGUCAUUCGCCCCAAGAGUCAAGUCAGCCUGAGCUCCAAAGAGUACAGAGCAAAAGCCUAUGAGAUUCUGCUUUCGGAGGUUCCCCUGGAAGGGAAGGAGAAGAAGAAAAAGAAAGUUCUUCUUGUGACCAAGAUUCAAGCUGGAGUAGAUAAAACAAAAUCAAUUCUUGACUAUGUGGAUGAAACCAUUAAACCGCUGUCCAACCAUCAUGGAUUCAUUGGCAAACGUGUAGUGCACUUGAAGAAAUUCCAGCUGGACAGAAACGAAGACGGAAGAGAAGCGUCACUUUUUGUGGUUCCAGUUGGUGUUAAAGACAACCACAAGCUGGCUCAUAAUGCCGGCGGUCCAAGCUUCCACUGUCUCCAUGAUAUCAUGCGUGUGUGCAGCGAAAACAGCACUCACUUCUGCUCCACCACCUCCAAGAUGCUACUGGCCCUAGACAAAUGGUUGGCGGAACAGCACACGGUGGCGCACGCUAUUCCUGCCCUGUUCCGUCCAGCCCCGAUGGAGCGGGUCAAGACUAACAUCAUAAACCCGGCCUACAGCAGUGAAGGAGAGCUGAGCGACGAGGGCCUGCACAUGGGCUAUACAUCUCUAGAGAUCAAGACCAAGAUGAUGUCCCUGGAAAAGGCGGACAUGUGCAUCCUUAACCCGCUCUAUGGUUCUGACUUGCAGUACACGAACCGGGUAGAUAAAGUGAUCAUCAACCCAUACUUUGGUCUUGGGGCACCAGACUACUCCAAGAUUCAGAUCCCCACUGGGGAAAAGUGGCAGCAUGGUCCCAACUGUGUGCCUGAAGACAAGGAACGUCAGUGGGUGGACGACUUCCCGCUGCACCGCAGUGCAUGUGAGGGAGACACAGAGCUACUUGCUAAGCUCGUGGACAGUGGCUUUUCUGUAAAGCAGUUGGACAGCGACCACUGGGCCCCUAUUCACUAUGCCUGCUGGCAUGGUAAAGUGGAAGCCACCAAACUGUUGCUGGACAAAGGAAAGUGUAAUCCAAACUUGCUAAACGGUCAGCUAAGCUCACCUCUGCAUUUUGCCGCUGGUGGUGGCCACGCUGAGAUAGUCCAGCUACUGCUGCAACACCCAGAGAUCGACCGGCAUAUCGAGGACCAGCAGAAGAAAUCCCCCAUGCAGGUGUGCGAGGAGAAAAAGCAGGGUGAAUGGGAGGAGGCGCUCAAGCUGUUGCAGCAGGCCACCAAGAAACCAUAUGAGAAAGUGCGAAUCUACCGCAUGGACGGCUCCUAUCGCUCUGUGGAGCUGAAACACGGCAACAACACCACAGUGCAGCAGAUCAUGGAAGGGAUGCGUCUGUCUCAGGACACCCAGCAGUACUUCACCAUCUGGAUCUGCUCCGAGAACCUGCACCUGCAGUUGAAGCCGUACCACAAGCCCUUGCAGCACCUGAGAAUCUGGACGGAGAUCGUGACUGACCUGACUGUGCUGGAUCCUCAGAGAGAGACUCCUCAGCUGUUCCUCCGGAGAGAUGUUCGGUUACCACUGGACGUAGAGAAAAAGGUGGAAGAUCCCCUGGCCAUUCUCAUCCUGUUUGAUGAGGCUCGUCACUGCCUGCUGAAGGGCUUCUUCCCUGCUCCAGACAGUAAACUGAUCACGCUGGCCAGCCUCCUGCUGCAGAUCAUCUACGGGAACUACGAAAGCAAGAAGCACAAACAAGGCUUCCUCAAUGAAGAAAAUCUGAAGUCCAUUGUUCCAAUACUCAAAGUGAAGAGUAAAGCUUAUCACUGGACCAGCCGGAUUCUCCAUGAGUACAAAGCUUUGAGCAACAGCGAGGGCGUGAGCAAAGAGAUGCACCACCUGCAGCGACUCUUCCUCCAGAACUGCUGGGACAUCCCCACCUAUGGCGCUGCCUUUUUCACGGGGCAGGUGUACACCAAGGCCAGCGCCAGCAACCACAAAGUGAUCCGGGUCUACGUUGGGGUCAACAUGAAGGGUCUGCAUCUGAUGAAUAUGGAGACCAAGGUUCUUCUCAUCAGCUUGGAGUACGGCACCUUCAUGUGGCAGCUGGGACAUGCUGACCAAUAUUUCCAAAUACACAGCGGUGACAAUAAAAUGAACUUCAUUGUGCACACAAAACAGGCUGGGCUAAUCGUUAAACUCUUAAUGAAGCUGAGCGGACAGAUGACUGCGAAUGACAAAAGUGCAUUAGACAAAUAUGCCUACGGCUGAGGGAACGUCAGCGGAGAAGACGCUGCUGCCAAAAUCUUCCCAUCCAACCUGCCCCCAUCUUGACUGCAUUGAAGCUGGAGGAAGAUUUGCUCUUGUACAACUGUCUCCCAUAAAUAUCCAUUACUGAAACUUCCUUAUUUUGGUCUGAUACAUGUAAAUAAUUCUAUUUAAAGUUUAAAUAAAUGACUGCAGUUUGAAUAAGAUGAUGUCUGUUGUAUGUUCUCGUGCAAUUGUUGGGUGAGAUAAAUUGACAUUUAUGUUCAAUGCAUGAUAUUGCUCCGUACUGGUCUGCUGCAUUCCUUAUUACCUCACUGUAAUUGGGUGUAGAUUAAAAUGCAUUAAAAUUGAUUGCAAAAUUUAAGUAAAUUUAUAUUAACUUUUUGUUGAUAUCGUUUGUAACUCACUGGAUUUAUAUACAUCUAUGGGAUUCCCCAGCCAAACAAU